AUGGAGGAUCUUUUGCUUCCCCCCAGAAUGUUCGCCGCCGUCGAAGAACCCCUUGGAGAGCGUGUCAACUCGUAUCACAAGUUAAAGCGGACCGAGUUGCUUAUCGACGCUCUUGAACCGGAAGAGUUAGAGUUUCUGAGAAAUUCUACUUUUGGAAAGAUUCUCGCGAUAGAGGAGAACCCGCCGUUUUCAGGUUUGGUUCAUCUUUGUGGGAACCCUGUUAGAAUGUCACUCCGGGAGUUUGCUAUCGUCACCAGACUAAACUGCCAGAAGAUCCCAGAACCAACUAAGAAGAGGAAAAACCCUCUGAAAGAGAAGCUGUACUGGAACGAACUCCUUGGCUCGUUGAAGUUCUGCACUGUUGACACAGCCAUCGACAUGUUGAAGAAAAAGGCGUCUGUUGCGAUUCGUGGUUACGUUGAUGCAAUUCAACUAGUUCUUCUUGCCGCCAUCCCUCAGUUGAAGGAAGAAAUCACACAGUCCGAGCGUACUGUUAUUGUGGAUUCCGAGAGCGAGAGCGAGAACCCGAAUGAAGAGUUAGCUUUAGAGGAUGACAACGCGGUGCCGCACGACAAACCAUCUGAGGUGACCAAGUAUUGUCUUAUCCCCGGGCAUGCUAAGAGCAUAGAUAUCGAGUGCCAGGUGCCUGUCAAGUCUAUUCUAGAUGAGCCGUACGAGGAAUGGUCCGCUGGUCUAGAUUUCUCGUGGGUCGAUGAGUCCGAGGAUUUGGCUGUAGAGAACAUGCUAGUCGACAAGUCCAAAUCUCCCGCCUCCGACUUACAUGAUGAAAUCAGCUCGCUGGAGAAGCGUAUUUAUCAAGCACUAGACGCCAAGCUAGAGAAAAUUGCUUCAUCAACUAUUCAAUCCCAGCAAUUAGCUAUCCUUCAGACUACUAUCGCACGAUGCCUCCAGGACAUCGAUAAGAAGAUUGGUGCUGCCCUCGUUGGUCAACUGAAGAUCAUGCAAGCUGCGAUACUCACCAAGACACAACCGCCCCCUGUCAACGGCAACCUUCCAGCCGUGCCUGACAUUAGUACCCCAUCGGAAGCUGCUGAUUUUCGCAUCAACGAGGUGCUGCGUGAUCUGAACAUAGUACCUGACCAUUUUCUCCCACCAAACACAGAUGUUGAUCUUCCAAGGAAAACUCCCGAGCGCGGUGGGUCGUACGCCGAUGAUAAUCUUGAUGCUGAGUUGGACACCGCCAACGGAUCGUCGAUCCAGAUCUCAAUUGGUGCUGACUCACAGCUCCCGGUUGAGCAGAGAGAAGUACAAGUGGAGGAUUUAGUACCAGCCAACAACAUUACUGAACAGGAGAACAAUCAAUCACUGGGAGUUUCAACUAUGGUUGUUGAGAAGCCUGUCUCCCAAGAGUUUGAGAUGGAGGAGGAAGAUGCCCCCGGUGUGGAGGAGUCGCCCAACCCGACUAACUACAUUUCACCACCCAAGGCACAUGAAGAAGAGGCAUCAGAGCCGCGCAAGAGCAAAAGGUCUUGGAUAAUCCCUGCUGGACUUCAAGACUACAAGUGUGAUGCAAAAGUCAAAGCAGGGCUAUGCAUUAUCCCUGAUGUAGACCACCGUUUUAUGCUAAUGGAGCAGAAGCUUCCUAACGGCUACUCCAUGCCAUCGCUUGAAUUCUGUGAUAUUGCCUAUCGUACCACCAUAUUACCUACGGGGGUCAUUGACACCCUUAUCGGAUUUGUGUCUCGUGGCCCCAUGGUUGGUCCCAAUGUUGCCAUAUACGACACUACCCUUCCAGUAACUCUGAUGAACCACAACAAUCGGUUUGUGAAGACCGCAGUCAAGGACCGUUCCAAGCUUAAGUUCGUUGACGUCCCGCUGGAGAAACACUUGGAGAAGUCGCAUGAGAGGAUAUAUUUCCCAUUUAACAUGGACAAACAACACUGGGUUGGAGUUUGUAUCGAUACCAAAGUGUGCACUCUCCAUGUUCUGGAUUGCAACACAUCUUUUCGAAGCGACAACUCGCUGAAGAAAGAGCUAAACCCUAUUGCUACCCUCCUUCCAUACGUUCUUAAGCAGUUUGGCUUUUUAGGAACCAACGCCGGUGUCAAGGCCUUUACCGUGUCCAGAUGCAAGGGAAUACAGCAGGUAUCUAGUCAAACUGAUUCUGGAGUCAUGACGGUCCUAUUGAUCGACGCUCACGCUGGGGAUGGUCUUGGUGCUUACAAGGCAAUCACUCCGCGUCUGCUUCCAGACGCAUCCAAGCAAUUGGCGGUCAAAUUCUUCGAUGACAUCUCUAUGUAA